AUGCUACUGGUUUCUUUUGGUACUCACCAGAAGUGGUUCUAUCGCGCCGUGAUCGUCCCUCCCAUCGCGGAGGAAGACACCUCCGCUGCCGCCGCCACUGCCGCGAGUGUGCCUGCCCCCGCCGCGCCCACUGCUCCCGCCACCGUCCUCCCCCUCCGCGUGGCCACCUACACCCGCGGGGGGCGGAUCCAGCAACUGACAAUGACCAACAUUGUCGCGGCCCCCGCCGCCUCCCUCUCAUGA